CGCCAUAAAAUAGCCAUAUUAUUUUCCAACCAAUUUCAUUUCUAGCAUUUAUUGUUAACACAUUCAUUGCCACUAAGUGCUACGGGUUACGCUCGGAGCCACGGAUUCGCCGUAUGUAGCGCGUAGUCGCUACGAACAGCGUACCCGACAGUCGGGUUCUUGGCCCUGAAUGUGUAAUGGACACGUAUUUGAUUUUUGUAUUGCUAUUACCGUGCAUAUCUUCGUAUUACGAUGAUUUUACAUCUCCGGGUCGUAACAUACGUAACGAUAUAUUAUCCCGACUGUCGCUAGUACGGCUGACUACCGAAUAUCCGGACUAUUACUCUCCUUCGGUAUGGUUAAGACAAAAAUCUAAAAAAACUAGGAAAACUAAAAAACCUAAAAAAAACACCACUAAAAAAUACGUUUCGACGAACUUGCCAAUAAAUCCUUCUUUGAGUGACACAGUUUUCAAUAUAUUAAGAAGUGAACAAAAUGAUGCAAAUGAGACUGAAGAGGAGAAGUAUCCGUGGAUAGCUCGCGUUGUGCUUUCCAGGGAAUAUGACUAUCCUUACCUGUGCACGGCGGCUUGUAUAGAAGACAGGAUAUUUGUUACUGCUGCUCGCUGUCUUUACCAGACAAAAGUGUCUUUUACAAGUGUGAUCAACCAAGGCGCCAGACUUCGUCCCAUAGCCUUCGUGGUACCUUCGAAACCGACUAAACAGAUGUUCGAAGACAUCGGCUUCAUCGUCGUAGACAAAACAAACCAUAAAUGGAACGCAAUUGAAGUAUUUGACAAACAGGACAAUAAGAUGUUCACGAGGACAGACGAGAAUUACUUCUGGAUGAGUAAGAUGGGUGAGAUUAAGGGAACGUCGGUAGGAUACGUCAGUGGUGAUGAAAAGCAACCUGGGAUUUUGUACCAAGCAAAUGUCUACAUAAGCCCCUUUCUAUGCCAACAUUUCUACAAUGUAGACAUUUUACGUCUGAAAAACAGUGAUCACUACUUCGUGCCAUGUUUCCAUACAUGCAAUAUUAUGGAUGGGUAUAAAAAGUACACGUGUAAUAAACGGCUCGCUGGAGAAGGACACGUUGUAAUGGAAGAUAAAACUAAAAAACUUAUAGGGAUAUCCACCUGGGGCGGUUAUUUCGCUAAAGGUAUUGACAUCAAUUUGCCUGUCGGUGUGGCACUACCAAAUUCGGAUAGUUUUCAGGAAGAUUUGGAAUGUGCGAGAAAGAUUAAAAAUGCGCCAAUAACGAGUAAAACUUUUGCAAAUCUAUGCAAAUAAAUGAGUUAACCCAAUGUCAAAUCGAAUGAAUUUCCAUAUAUGACAUUAUUGACAUUAAAACCACACUUAAGGUAGGGUUGCCAGAUCGAAAGGCGCUAUUAUCGGGAAAUAAUAUAAAUUUUUCGGGAUUUUGGGACUUAAGUCGGGAAAAAAAAAUAACAUUCUAAUUAAAGUAAUUGUAUUAAAAACAACGAUAUUUUACAUUAUUGGCACUACGCUGGACGACAGUUCGGAACUUAAUUGAAAUUAUUGUUUUAUAACGUGAAGCUGUUUUUCGGGACAAUUUUCACUUUGUCGGGAAUCGGGAUCUCAUGCUAAAAGUCGGGAGAAUCCCGCCAAAUCCCGACCAUCUGGCAACCCUAACUUAAGGCCGCGUUUGACCACACGUAUGCGACUGGCGGAGCGGCGAGCGGCAAAUCAAGGUAGUCACAUGGUCGAGCGCAAAGCGCAAUUAACAUUAACGUAUAUAUCUAUGGACUGGCCUUACGGGCACUAAAAAUGGUACUAGUUUAGCGGUGUGACUCACGAAUUCUAGCCAAUCGUGCAGUCUUAACGCAACUAGUUGCGACCAAUAGCGCGCGUGAUGCGUGCUCAUCAACCAAUCGCGUUGUACCGGUGUCACACCGCUGUACUGGCCCCUGUCAUGCCUCAUUAUUAUUGUCCGUAAAGCCAGUCCCUAGAUAUCUAUGUCAAUGGCAAUUAAUGUAUAAAUAAAUGGCCUUGAUAUGCCGCUCGCCGCCCCGCCGGUCGCGUGCGCCCAUGUCGCGGACUAAAACUUUAUUGGGAUUAUUAGGACAUAUCUAUUCUAAUAUUAUGGACCCAUUAUUAUCUUAUAAAAUUGGUUUAACUCCGUUAUUUGCAUAGAUUAGCAAAAGUUUUACUCGUUGUAUGUAAGUAUUCAAAAAGUGAAUCGGAAUAAAUUUUCAUCCCACGUAGGAA